GUAUAUCCCGAUAGACAGCGAACAAUCCAAAUCUUACCAAAGUAAGCGGGCACUUGGAGUUGGUAUCUCAUCAUAUCGAAACGUCGUUAGAAAAUUCCAAGAUGAAGUUUGAUCUUUCGGCGGAGACAUUGCUGUCAAUAUGCGAUCACUUACCUCCCGAAUCAGCAGCUGCUUUCUCUAUGUCUUGUAAGACAGUGUAUCAUAAGUUAAAUGGUCAUUUUACCAAAGACUUGAAUGUACGAGAUAAGUUGGCAACGUUGGAUUUAUUGGCUACUGAGGAUGAAAUUGGCUGCCCAUACUGUCUACGUCUACACAGUAUGUCAAAUGCAGCAAAAUAUAGCUUGGAAUCAGUGGAGGAGAAACGCCAGCCCCAGGAAUUGACACCGUGCAUUCUGUCUUCCUUCAAAUCUCUAAAUCAUAGGCCUGCCAAAGUUUCUGGUGUUAUCUUCAAAAUGGCCAUGAAACGACAUCAUUUCAAGCCAGAAUGUGACGGGCUGUUGAAGAUAUUGUCAGGAAAUCCACCAGCUUCAAAGAUCGAUAACGGUGAUGGUAUCUCUGGGCAGACUCGGGUAGAUUGUAAGAUUUCGCAAGGCUUGAUGAUUUAUCGUAGACAGGAAUCAGUCCUUUUCUCAAAUUUUAUGGACGAAAAAAGAUCUUGGUAUGUACAUGUGGACGUUUGCGCGCAUCUCACUAUAGCUUUGACUGCAGAGCGUGCACGGCUUAUGGACUUGGGUGAUAAGAGACUAUUAAAUUCUUUCUCGGAAGUACUGCCACUACCGCAUUCACAGUUCUCAAGUCGCAUUCAAGCACCACUAGAACUCCUACCAACAAGUCCCACAUAUGUCAGAUGGCAGACAAUGGUCGGUAGGGUCAAUGGCAAUCCUGAUUUUAAUUGGCCCGUUCACAACACAAGAGAACCUUUGAAAUGCGAUGAUUGCCCCACUGAAUACUGUCUUGAGCUUGACUUUAAUGACAAUCGCGGAACUUUUGCAACAGUCACUACGUGGGCUAAUCUAGGAAAUGGGCCUCAUGAUUGGAGGUAUCUAAUGAGAAACGUUAGGCCGCAUGCUGCACAUAAGCGUAGUCUGAGUCGAGGCAAAUUUUGCUAUGACUCCUCGCAUCAGAGCCAUUGGUCUGCUUUCCAGAUUGGGGGGGAAGCAGAGACCAGCUUGCUUUCAUCGGAGGAGAAUAAGGAGAGGAUGUAUCAAGCACAAGUUGACGGCGCUGCCUCUUCGGAUGAGGAAGUUUAUUAGAGUGUCUGUUGUCAGAGAUCCCUAACUUAUAAUGUACGGUUUUGGUUGGGACAUUUGAUGCGGAUCAUCGCAUAUCAAUGAGAUAGUUUUGGAUUUUUAGGAUGAAUGAGCAGAGUGACAGAAGCGGUCGCUCUAUGAUAGUACGAAUAAUCAAAUGUUUAAUGUAAUUCCUUAACUUUAAAUGCCAGGCA